AUGUCAUCACCCCCAGCCCAGUAUGUCAUCACACCCCAGUAUGUCAUCACACCCCCAGUAUGUCAUUACCCCCAGCCCAUCCAGUAUGUCAUCAGACCGCCGGUAUGUCAUCACACCCCCCAGUAUGUCAUCACACCCCAGUAUGUCAUCACACCCCCAGUAUGUCAUUACCCCCAGCCCAGUAUGUCAUCAGACUGCCAGUAUGUCAUCACCCCCAGCCCAGUAUGUCAUCACACCCCCAGUAUGUCAUUACCCCCAGCCCAGUAUGUCAUCAGACCGCCAUAUGUCAUUACCCCCCAGUAUGUCAUCAGACUGCCACCCAGUAUGUCAUCACCCCCAGCCCAGUAUGUCAUUACCCCCAGCCCAGUAUGUCAUCACCCCCAGCCCAGUAUGUCAUUACCCCCAGCCCAGUAUGUCAUCACACCCCCAUAUGUCAUUACCCCCAGCCCAGUAUGUCAUCAGACUGCCAGUAUGUCAUCACCCCCAGCCCAGUAUGUCAUCACACCCCAGUAUGUCAUCACACCCCCAGUAUGUCAUUACCCCCAGCCCACCCAGUAUGUCAUCACCCCCAGCCCAGUAUGUCAUUACCCCCAGCCCAGUAUGUCAUCACCCCCAGCCCAGUAUGUCAUUACCCCCCAGUAUGUCAUCAGACUGCCAGUAUGUCAUCACACCCCCACUGAUAUUGUUGUGUCUGCCUCUGACAGCCAUUUUAGUAUGACAACCAGCCAUCUACCUCAGGGCCCCGGAGGCUCCUCCCAUGGAAACUAG